GGGAUCCCGGAGCGCGAGUUCUUUGUGAAGUGGGCAGGUCUGUCCUACUGGCACUGCUCCUGGGUCAAGGAGCUGCAGCUGGAGCUCUACCACACCGUGAUGUACCGCAACUACCAACGGAAGAACGACAUGGAUGAGCCACCGGCCUUUGACUACGGCUCUGGGGACGAGGACAGCCAGAGGGAGAAGCGGAAGAACAAAGACCCCCAUUAUGCCAAGAUGGAGGAGCGGUUCUACCGCUACGGCAUCAAGCCCGAGUGGAUGAUGAUCCACCGCAUCCUGAACCACAGCUUCGAUAAAAAGGGAGAUGUCCAUUACCUGAUCAAGUGGAAGGACCUGCCCUAUGACCAGUGCACUUGGGAGAUCGACGAGAUAGACAUCCCCUACUACGAGAACCUCAAACACCUCUACUGGAACCACAGGGAGCUGAUGCUGGGGGAGGACACGCGCCCUCUGAAGAAGCUGAACAAGAAAGGGAAAAAGCUGAAAGAGGAGAAGCUGGAAAAGCCUCCAGAAACACCUCUCGUGGAUCCUACGGUGAAGUUCGACAAGCAGCCGUGGUACAUUGACAGCACGGGCGGCACACUCCAUCCUUACCAGCUGGAAGGGCUGAACUGGCUGAGGUUUUCCUGGGCCCAAGGGACAGACACAAUCCUGGCUGAUGAGAUGGGGCUGGGGAAGACUGUGCAGACUAUUGUGUUCUUGUACUCCCUGUACAAGGAGGGCCACUCGAAAGGGCCGUAUCUGGUCAGCGCCCCUCUCUCCACCAUCAUCAAUUGGGAGCGUGAGUUCGAGUUGUGGGCACCCGACUUCUAUGUCGUGACCUACACGGGGGACAAGGAAAGCCGGUCGGUCAUCCGGGAGAAUGAGUUUUCCUUUGAAGACAACGCCAUCCGCAGUGGGAAGAAGGUCUUCAGGAUGAAGAAGGAAGCGCAGAUCAAGUUCCAUGUCCUGCUCACCUCCUAUGAGCUGAUCACUAUUGACCAGGCGGUGCUGGGCUCCAUAGAGUGGGCCUGUCUGGUGGUGGAUGAAGCGCACAGGCUGAAGAACAACCAGUCCAAAUUCUUUAGAGUACUAAAUAGCUACAAGAUCGAUUACAAGCUGCUGCUCACUGGGACUCCGCUCCAGAACAACUUGGAAGAGCUCUUCCACCUCCUCAAUUUCCUGACUCCUGAGAGGUUUAAUAACCUGGAGGGCUUCCUGGAGGAGUUUGCAGACAUCUCCAAGGAGGACCAGAUCAAAAAGCUCCAUGACCUGCUGGGUCCCCACAUGCUGCGGCGGCUCAAGGCAGACGUGUUCAAGAACAUGCCAGCCAAGACAGAGCUGAUCGUGAGAGUGGAGCUGAGCCAGAUGCAGAAGAAGUACUACAAGUUCAUACUGACGAGGAAUUUCGAAGCCCUGAAUUCGAAAGGUGGUGGGAACCAGGUCUCGCUGCUCAACAUCAUGAUGGACCUGAAGAAGUGCUGUAAUCACCCCUACCUCUUCCCUGUGGCAGCGGUGGAAGCUCCAGUUCUACCCAAUGGAUCCUAUGAUGGGAAUUCUUUGGUCAAAUCUUCUGGCAAACUGAUGCUGCUCCAGAAGAUGCUGAAGAAGUUACGGGAUGGGGGUCACAGAGUCCUGAUCUUCUCCCAGAUGACGAAGAUGCUGGACCUGCUGGAGGAUUUCCUGGAGUACGAAGGCUACAAGUACGAGCGGAUAGAUGGGGGCAUCACCGGCGGCCUGCGCCAGGAGGCCAUAGACAGGUUUAAUGCUCCUGGUGCUCAGCAGUUCUGCUUUCUCCUCUCUACCCGCGCCGGUGGUCUGGGCAUAAACCUUGCUACGGCCGACACAGUCAUUAUUUAUGAUUCUGACUGGAAUCCCCACAAUGACAUCCAGGCGUUCAGCCGCGCUCACCGCAUCGGGCAGAACAAGAAGGUGAUGAUCUACCGCUUCGUGACCAGAGCCUCCGUUGAGGAGCGCAUCACGCAGGUGGCCAAGAGGAAGAUGAUGCUCACCCACCUGGUCGUCCGCCCGGGGCUCGGCUCCAAGUCGGGCUCCAUGACCAAGCAGGAGCUGGAUGACAUCCUCAAGUUCGGCACAGAAGAGCUCUUCAAAGAUGACGUGGAAGGCAUGGUGUCGCAGGGACAGCGCAUCGCCAUGCCAGACGCUGUCCCCCCUUUCUCUGACACGCUGUCAACCAAAGGGGGUGCAGUGACUCCCGGCAUGAAGAAGAAGCACGGUGGCACCCCACCAGGUGACAAUAAGGACGUGGAUGACAGCAGCGUGAUCCACUACGACGAUGCUGCCAUCUCGAAGCUGCUGGACCGAAACCAGGAUGCAACUGAUGACACGGAGCUGCAGAACAUGAACGAGUAUCUCAGCUCCUUUAAAGUGGCCCAGUAUGUUGUGAGAGAAGAGGACGGUGUGGAGGAGGUGGAACGUGAGAUCAUCAAGCAAGAGGAGAAUGUGGACCCUGACUACUGGGAGAAGCUGCUGCGGCACCACUACGAGCAGCAGCAGGAAGAUCUGGCCAGGAACUUGGGGAAAGGGAAGAGAAUCCGCAAGCAGGUCAACUACAACGACACCUCACAGGAGGACCAAGAGUGGCAGGAUGAGCUCUCUGACAACCAGUCUGAGUAUUCCAUCGGCUCCGAGGAUGAGGAUGAAGACUUCGAAGACAGGCCAGAAGGUCAGAGUGGCAGGAGACAAUCCCGCAGACAGCUGAAGAGUGACCGGGACAAGCCUCUCCCUCCUUUGCUGGCAAGAGUUGGGGGCAACAUUGAGGUUCUUGGCUUCAACGCCCGGCAGCGCAAGGCUUUCCUGAACGCCAUCAUGCGCUGGGGGAUGCCUCCCCAGGAUGCCUUCAACUCCCACUGGCUGGUCCGGGACCUGCGAGGGAAGAGCGAGAAGGAGUUCAGGGCCUACGUCUCCCUCUUCAUGAGGCAUUUGUGUGAACCCGGGGCAGACGGUGCCGAAACCUUUGCGGAUGGUGUUCCCAGGGAAGGGCUGUCACGCCAGCACGUGCUCACUCGGAUUGGGGUCAUGUCGCUUGUAAGGAAGAAGGUCCAGGAGUUUGAGCAUGUCAAUGGCAAAUACAGCACCCCAGAUCUGGUUCUCGAUGGCCCAGACAGCAAGAAGUCCAGUGAGAUUGUGUCUUCAGAUCCCAACACCCCCAUCCCGGCCAGCCCAGCGCACGCAGGACCUGUCUCCCUCACUGACAAAAUAGAAACACAGCUCGUGUUCCAGGAGGAAAGGGAGCAAGUGGAGCAGAAGUGCAGGAAGGUGUCUGAGAGCCAGGUGGGGUGGCUUCCUUCAGCUGCUGAGAAGGUGGAAGGUGAAGAGCACCCAGAAAGCUGCGACAGCAAGGAGAGACCGAGGGAUGAGAAGCAAGAGGAGAGUGAAAGGGCUGUGCCUUCUCCUGAGCCCCUGGUGAAAGAUGAGGGGAUUCAAGAGAAAGAGAAGCCUUUGGAGAAGCCGGAGUUGAACAGCAGCCCAGGGAGAGGGGAGGACAAAGAAGUCAAAGCAGAGGACGCCAAGGUGGAGGAGAAGGAGCAAGGUGAGGCUCAGCAAAAUGGUGACAAAGAGGAAGAGGAGGACGGGAAGAAGGAUGACAGAAACGUGAACUUCCGAUUCAUGUUCAACAUCGCCGACGGUGGCUUUACAGAGCUGCACACGCUGUGGCAGAACGAGGAGAGAGCUGCCAUCUCCUCUGGCAAGAUCUAUGACAUCUGGCACCGCCGGCACGACUACUGGCUGUUGGCAGGAAUCGUCACUCAUGGCUAUGCCCGCUGGCAGGACAUCCAGAAUGACCCACGCUACGUGAUCCUGAACGAGCCCUUCAAGUCGGAGAUACACAAGGGGAACUACCUUGAGAUGAAGAACAAGUUCCUUGCCCGGCGGUUCAAGUUGCUGGAGCAGGCCCUGGUGAUCGAGGAGCAGCUGCGGAGGGCAGCGUACCUCAACAUGACCCAAGACCCCAGUCACCCGGCCAUGGCCCUGAACGCCCGUCUGGCUGAAGUGGAGUGCCUUGCCGAGAGCCACCAGCACCUCUCCAAAGAGUCCCUGGCUGGGAACAAGCCCGCCAACGCCGUCCUGCACAAGGUGCUGAACCAGCUCGAGGAGCUGCUGAGUGACAUGAAGGCUGACGUGACGCGCCUGCCCUCCAUGCUGUCCCGCAUCCCGCCCGUGGCC